AUCUGUAUGUUGUGUUUCAGGGGGCCCUUGUCUGGCUGCGGGACAAAGAUCAGCUCCUUCCUGCUACUGUCAGCUCCUGUUACCACGAUGACGGAUCCCUGGUCCUCACCACCAACUAUGAGAAGGUGAUGUACCUGCAGCAGGGGGAGCUGAGCAGAGACAAUGUGUUUCCUAUGCACCCCACCAGUAUUAAUGGAGUAGAGGACAUGUCUACUCUGGCAGAACUACAUGAAGCUGCCAUCAUGUACAACCUUUACCUGCGCUACCAGAAGGACUGCAUCUAUACCAACAUAGGCUCUAUCCUAGCAGCGGUGAACCCCUACAAGCAGAUCCCAGGUCUGUAUGACCCAGCAGCAGUAGACCUGUAUAGUAGACACCACCUGGGAGAGCUGCCCCCUCAUAUCUUCGCUGUGGCCAACGAGUGUUACCGCUGUCUCUGGAAGAGACACGACAGCCAGUGUGUUCUCAUCAGUGGAGAGUCAGGCGCAGGGAAGACAGAGAGUACCAAGCUGCUGCUCCAGUUCCUGUCUGUGAUGUCACAGAAGUCUGCCGGGACAGCCCCCUCUGAGAAGAGCACCCGCGUGGAACAGGCCAUCGUUCAGAGCAGCCCCAUCAUGGAGGCAUUUGGGAAUGCCAAGACGGUGUACAACAACAACUCCUCCCGCUUUGGGAAGUUUAUCCAGCUUCACUUCUCCCAGAGUGGGAACAUCCAGGGAGGCUGUAUCAUCGACUAUUUACUUGAAAAGAACCGUGUGGUGAGGCAGAACCCUGGAGAGAGGAACUAUCAUAUCUUCUAUGCUCUGCUGGCCGGGGCAGACAAGAACCACAGAGAGUUGUACUUCCUGUCUGAGGGCCCAGAGUCAUACCACUACCUGAGUCAGUCUGGCUGUGUGAAGGACAGGAGUCUAGAUGACCUGCAGCUCUAUGACAGUGUUAUGGAGGCUCUAAAGGUGAUGCAGUUCAGUGAGGAGGAGAUACGUGACGUCUUCAAGCUGCUGUCUGCUGUUCUCCUGAUGGGGAACAUAGAGUUCAUGACCGCAGGAGGAGCACAAAUCACAUCCAAAGGAGUGGUCAGUAAUGUCAGUGAUCUGCUGGGCCUGGACUCGUUCCAGCUGUCUGAGGUUCUGACCCAGAGGUCCAUGAUCCUGAGAGGAGAGGAGAUCUGUUCACCCCUUACUGUUGAACAGGCGGUGGACUCUCGGGACUCGGUUGCCAUGGCGUUGUACGCCCAGUCUUUCUCCUGGAUUAUCACACGGAUCAACCAGAAGGUCAGAGGGAAGGACAACUUCAAGUCCAUCGGCAUCCUCGACAUUUUCGGCUUCGAGAACUUUGAGGUGAACAGGUUUGAACAGUUCAACAUCAACUACGCCAACGAGAAGCUCCAGGAAUACUUCAACAAACACAUCUUCUCCCUGGAACAGCUGGAGUACAACAGAGAGGGGAUCCAGUGGGAAGCUAUAGACUGGAAGGAGAAUGCAGAGUGUCUGGACCUCAUCGAGAAGAAACUGGGCAUGUUGGCUCUGAUCAACGAGGAGAGUCGCUUCCCUAAAGGCACCGACUACACCCUGCUAGAGAAACUACACAGUAGACACGCUACUAACCACUACUACAUGAAGCCCAGAGUUACGGAUCACCAGUUUGGCAUCAAGCACUAUGCUGGAGAGGUCCUGUAUGACGUCAGAGGGAUCCUGCAGAAGAACAGAGACACCUUCAGAGAUGACAUCUUAAACAUGCUUAAAGACAGCAGGCUUGACUUCAUCUAUGACCUGUUUGAGCGUGUCGGGAGCAGGAACGGAGAGGAGACCCUGAAGAUGGGGACGGCCAGACGCAAACCCACCGUCAGCUCUCAGUUCAGGGACUCUCUCCAUUCCUUGAUGAACACUCUGAGUGCCUCCAACCCUUUCUUUGUGCGCUGCAUCAAACCCAACAUGAACAAGAACGCCAACAUGUUUGACCCAGAAGUGGUCCUGAACCAGCUGAGGUAUUCUGGGAUGUUGGAGACCGUGAAGAUCCGCAGGGCUGGGUUCCCUGUCCGCAGGACCUUUACAGACUUCUACAGCAGGUACAUGAUGAAAGACAACCGUCCGACCGAUGACCCGAGAGGGAGAUGUACAGAGCUGCUGAUGUCAUACGACUCUGCCAAGAGAGACUGGCAGCUGGGGAAGACUAAGGUGUUCCUGAAGGAAGAGCUGGAACAACGGCUGGAGAAGGAGAGGGAAGAGGUGCGGAGACAGGCGGGCAUGGUGAUCCGGGCACACAUACUCAGCUAUGUGGCAAGGAAGCACUAUAGGAGGGUCCUGACCAGCACCAUCAUCAUCCAGAAGAACUACAGGGCUCACUUCUGGAGACGCGUGUUCCUGCGGCUCCGUGCUGCAGCUGUCCUUCUCCAGAAACACCAACGUGGUCGGCUGGCCCGAGGCCUCUAUCGACAGCUCUCUGAGGAGAAAAGGAGGAGGGAGGAGGAGGAGAGAAGGCAGAGGGAGGAGGAGGAGAGGAGGAGGAGAGAGGAGGAGAGCAGGAGGCUGGAAGAGGAGACGAGACGAGAGCAGGAGGAACGGAGGAGGAGGGAGGAAGAGGAGGAGGAGCGGAGGAGGAGAGAGGAAGAGGAGCGGAGAAGGAGAGAGGAAGAGGAGGAGAGACAAAGGGUGUUAGAGCUGGAGGAGUUGAGGAAGAAGGAUGAGAGACUGAGACUACAACAGGAGGAGCUUAGCAACGGAGAGGAAGAGAAGAAAAACACUACAGUUAACAACAGGAACUCCCUGAGGAUGGAGUAUCUUGCUCCCCAUGAGGAGGUGUACCACAAGGAGGUGUCCCUGUCCCACUCCCUGCACCCCCACACCUCUGAGGAGGAGUCCCGUCAGAUGGAGGAGAUCCUUCGACUGGAGAAGGAGAUUGAGAGGCUGCAGCGCCAGAAGGAGGAUGGGGUGUCCAUGUUAGGGGACGGCCUUGGAGGGAACGGGGAGGAGCUCCGGCAGAGGAGGGACGCAGAGAUCUACCGGCUGGAGAAGGAGGCGUCUCGCGUGGCUACAGAGUUCCUGGAGCUCCUGGACUUUGGGGGUCUCGAACAGAGUCUGUCCAGCGAGGAGAAUCUCCACGACCCCUCAGAGAGCACCGCUCCCCUGGGCCAGGCCGAGGAGGAGGUGGAGGAGGUGGAUGAGGGCUUCCAUGCUAAGGAGGAGUGUCCCGGUAGUGGUAUCCCCCUUCCUGACUUCCCUCUCCCUGCGGAGAUCCCUCUGGACCAGGAGCUCUUCUCCUCCCUCCCUCCUCCUCCUCCGGCCUUCGCUGAGGGACUAGUAGCACAGGCCCUGGCCCUCUCACAGGCCCCGUGUUGCCCCCCUGUUUACUACCCCCUCACCUCCUAUGGAUCUAGUGUCCCUACACACCACCCUGCUCCACCUCCUCUCCCUGCCCUCACCACCGGAGGAGGUAAAGCUUUGUGCCACCAACCCACCAGGAGAACAGAGGUGGCUCCAGACAUCAACAGAGUACCCAGAAGAUUUGAGGUUAUACCCAACAGACCCUGCGCCAGGGUAGACGUUAUGCCCACCACAGUCCCUGAGGCUGUGCCAGUGAGAAGAGGAGACGUGGCUCCCACUAGGGUAGACUUUAUGCCCACUGAGCCUGUCCCAGGAGCCAGGGAGGAGAUCUCCUUUAGCAUCCUACCAGACACAGAGUCAGACUGUGACCAGGAGGAGUUUGAGGAGGUGCAGGGGAGUACAGGCUCGGGAGACGGAGCCAGUAUCACGGACGGACAUGCUACUGAUGAGGAGGUGCUGAGGAAAUCAUCCUGUACUCAGAACAGCCUGGACUCCUUCAGAGGCAGCUCAGACUCUUUUAUCGACAGUGACACAAGCACCGAUGGUUAUGUGGACACAGACGAGGAGGUCUCCAAUGGAAGGGUCAAUAUACUGAACGGCUCUGGGCCUCCAUACUUUCACAGCUACCUCUACAUGAAGGGUGGACUGAUGAUCCCGUGGCGACGGAGGUGGUGUGUGUUGAAGGACGAAACCUUCAUGUGGUUCAGGGCGAAGCAGGACAGUCUGAAGAGUGGCUGGCUGUAUAAGAAGGGAGGUGGCAUGUCUACUCUGUCCAGACGGAACUGGAAGCUGCGCUGGUUCGUACUGAGAGACGAUAAACUCAUGUACUUUGAGAGCGACAGCGAGGAGAAACUGAGGGGGACCAUCGACAUCCGCUCCGCCAAGGACAUAGUAGAUAACCAUGCCAAGGAGAAUUCUCUGAACAUUGUGACUGAAGAGAGAACCUACCACAUCUACGCAGAGACUCCUGAAGAUGCCAGUGGCUGGUUCAACGUGCUGAGUCGUGUCCAGAGUGCCAGUCCAGACCAGCUGAUGGAGAUACAUCAUGAGCAGGCCAACCCCAAGAACGCUGUGGGAACUGUGGAUGUUGGACUGAUCGACUCUGUGUGCGCGUCAGACAACCCUGACAGACCCAACUCGUUUGUCAUCAUCACUGCUAACCGUGUGAUCCACUGCAACACUGAGAUGCCUGAAGAGAUGCACCACUGGAUCGGCCUGCUGCAAAAACCUAAGGGAGACGCCAGGAUAGACGGACAGGACUUCCUGGUCAGAGGUUGGCUUCACAAGGAGAUAAGGGCUAAGAGCACUAGUCUGAAGCUGAAGAAGAGAUGGUUUGUAUUGACCUCUAACUCUCUGGACUACUACAAGUCUUCAGAGCGCAGUGUGUCCAAGCUGGGGACCCUGGUCCUCAACAGUCUCUGCUCUGUGGUCCAGCCCGACGAGAAGGUCUUCAAGGACACCGGUUACUGGAACAUUAUCGUCCACGGACGUAAACACUCGUACCACCUCUACACCAAACUACUGAACGAGGCUAUGCGCUGGGCGUCGGCCAUACAGGGGGCUGUCGACAGCAAGGUUCCCAUAGAGACACCCACACAGCAACUCAUCAGGGACAUCAAGGAGAGCAGUAUGAAUGUGGAGGCUGUAGAACAGACGUACUGGAGGAACCCUAUCCUCAGAUAUACCCAGCACCCCCUCCACUCCCCCCUGCUGCCUCUGCCUUACGGGGAGGUCAACAUCCACCUCCAAAAGGAGAAGGGCUAUGCCAGCCUGCAGGAUGAGGCAGUGAAGAUCUUCAACUCUCUACAGGAGAUGGAGGCUGUGUCUGAUCCGGUCCCGAUCAUCCAGGGCAUCCUCCAGACCUGCCACGACCUGCGCCUGCUCCGAGACGAGGUCUACUGUCAGCUCAUCAAGCAGACCAAUCAUGUGCCACAGCCCAACAGCUCGGCCAAUCGUGCCCACUGGCACCUCCUCACCUGUAUGAGCUGUACCUUCCUGCCCAGCCGGGGCAUCCUGCGUUACCUCAAGUUCCACCUCAAAAGGGUGAAGGAGCAGUUUCCUGGAACAGAGGUGGACAUGUUUGCCCAUUUCAUAGGUGAGUCUCUGAAGAGGACCAAGGUCAGGGACUAUGUACCGUCUCAGGAGGAGAUCGUAGCCUUACUGACCAGGCAGGAAAUGACUACUACGGUCUACUGCCACGGAGGAGGAUCCUGCAAGAUCUCCAUCAACUCACACACCACCGCUGGAGAGGUGGUGGAGAAGUUGAUCCGAGGCCUGGCCAUGGAGGACAGUAGAAACAUGUUUUCCCUGUUUCAACACAACAACACUACGGACCGGGCUGUGGAGAGCAGAGUCAUCGUGGCUGAUGUACUCGCCAAGUUUGAGAGGCUGUCAGGCAGUGAGGAAGUAGAGGAGGAGGGACAGUGGAAGCUCUACUUCAAACUCUACUGUUUCCUGGAUGUAGAGAGCAUGCCCAAGGAAGGGGUGGAGUUCGCUUUCAUGUUCGAACAGGCUCAUGAGUCUCUGACCAGCGGUCACCUCCCAGCCCCAGAAGACACCCUGCAGCACCUGGCCGCUCUCAGGCUCCAGUUCCUUCACGGAGACAAGGCCCGGGUCAGCUGGUCUCUGGACACCGUCUACCCUGUAGGGAGGCUCCGCGCACGUAUCCUGCACUUCACCAAGGUGGGCGCGGCCGGCGGGACGGGGCCAGGGGGCCACACCCUGGAGCGGAGGCGGACCAGCUUCCUGGACGGGACCCUGCGCCGCAGCGGGCUGAAGACGGGCUCUAUGAAGAAACAGAAGAUGGAGGAGGAACAGAUGCUAGAGAUGUGGGUGAAGGAGGAGACCUCAGCCACCAGAACCUCCAUCUUAGAGAAGUGGUCCCGUCUCCAGGGACUGGACCAGCACACAGCCAUGCUCAAAUACAUGAACAUCAUCAAGGAGUGGCCUGGAUAUGGGUCCACACUGUUCGACGUGGAGUGUAAAGAAGGAGGCUUUCCUCAUGACCUGUGGCUGAGUGUGAGUGCAGAGAACGUGUCGGUCUACAAGAGAGGAGAACCCAAACCUCUGGAGACGUUCCCCUACGAACACAUAAUCUUCUUCGGAUCUCCCCAGGCCACGACUUAUAAAAUCACAGUGGACGACAGAGAGAUGUUCUUUGAGACACCUCUGGUUGGAGAGAUCACCAAGAUCAUGAAAGCCUACAUCAACAUGAUAGUGAAGAAGAGAUGCAGUGUCAGAUCUGUGUCCAGCUACGGAACCAACUGGAUCAGGUGAUUAGGGACAGGACAGGACACAGACCAGCUUGCUUCCCACCGCCCCAGGCUAACAGGACAGGACACAGACCAGUUGACUUCCCACUGCCCCAGGCUAACAGGACAGGACACAGACCAGUUGACUUCCCACUGCCCCAGGCUAACAGGACAGGACAGGACACAGCCCAGCUGGCUUCCCCUGCCCCAGGCUAACAGGACAGGACACAGACCAGUUGACUUCCCACUGCCCCAGGCUAACAGGACAGGACACAGACCAGUUGACCUCCCACCGCCCCAGGCUAACAGGACAGGACACAGACCAGUUGACUUCCCACUGCCACAGGCUAAAAGGCUAACAGGCUAACAGGACAGGACACAGACCAGUUGACUUCCCACUGCCACAGGCUAACAGGACAGGACACAGACCAGUUGACUUCCCACUGCCCCAGGCUAACAGGCUAACAGGACAGGACACAGACCAGUUGACUUCCCACUGCCACAGGCUAACAUGCUAAAAGGCUAACAGGACAGGACACAGACCAGUUGACUUCCCACUGCCCCAGGCUAACAGGCUAACAGGACAGGACUCAGACCAGUUGACUUCCCACUGCCCCAGGCUAACAGGACAGGACACAGACCAGUUGACUUCCCACUGCCCCAGGCUAACAGGACAGGACACAGACCAGUUGACUUCCCACCGCCCCAGGCUAACAGGACAGGACACAGACCAAUUGACUUCCCACUGCCACAGGCUAACAGGCUAAAAGGCUAACAGGACAGGACACAAACCAGUUGACUUCCCACUGCCACAGGCUAACAGGACAGGACACAGACCAGUUGACUUCCCACUGCCCCAGGCUAACAGGCUAACAGGACAGGACACAGACCAGUUGACUUCCCACUGCCACAGGCUAACAUGCUAAAAGGCUAACAGGCUAACAGGAUAGGACAGGACACAGCCCAGCUGGCUUCCCCUGCCCCAGGCUAACAGGCUAACAGGAUAGGACAGGACACAGUCCAUUUGGCUUCCCACCGCCCCAGGCUAACAGGCUAAAAGGCUAACACUACAAGGCUAAAAUUCUUUGAAGACAAGAGGGACUGUUCUCCUCAACCCAGAUGUCUGGAUAACUGAAAGCUGUUAAUCAGCUACUCAAUAUCUUGUUCACCUCCAUUGACAACAAGAAAUCUCAUCUAGAAGAUUCUAAGAACCAUAGGACCGUAGUCUCUCAUUGCAUAUAUAUGUGGUAAAGAGGUCAAUGGAACUCGACCAAAACAAUGGAAAUGCCAUGGAAACGUGUGGGGGAAAGAUGCCGUGGGGGAAAGAUCCAGAUUCUCCUCAUUGCCCCCCAGCAACAUUAGCCUCAAUAGCCUAGGCUAUUGUUUCACACUCUGUUGAGGUAGAAAUCGAAGUAUAAUGCUUGUAUUGAUGUCAACCCCAAUACAUGUUAAUUUCAUCGUCACCAAUCAGCUGCGUUAAAGUUGAAAACUACUUUGACUACCACUACCAAUUUUUGUAUGCUAGCUAUGCUACCAGCUUAUACGAAUGGGAGUUACUAUUUAGCAGUCACAUCUUCUGAAUCUGAAAAGGGGCAACUUCUAAAUGUUAUGCAGUGAAAACAGACAAAUAUAUCCAAAUCGGACUUAAAUUACCACAUUUUGAGCCUAUUGCAAUACAUCAAUUAAAUAUUCACUUUGUUAGAUCAGAUUUGUUUGAAUGUGCACCAAUCCAGUGUUGUCCCUCUCCCCCUCCCCCAUUUUUUUAUUGUAACAUAUGAGUUGUUGAUGCACACAACUAUACCAUUCUAUAUUUAUAAUGAGAAGAAGUGAUUUGUCUCUCUAAGGAUAUACUAUGUAAUCAUUAUUGAUCCUCAGGGCAGUCAUUACUCAUUACAAUACUCUGUUUAGUAGCUACUCUAUGCCACAGAAUAGGAAAAUAAGGUUUAUAGACUUCCCCCUCGGGUUUGAUGAGCAAUAUGAGUCCAAUUUCAGACCACAGACCCAAGGAGUUGAACCUCUUUACAUUUUAAUGCCUUAAAUAGUUUCACUGCUUCCAUCCAUGUUGUUAUUCGACUACUUUGGACUGUAAGUAAUAGUUUCACUGCUUCCAUCCAUGUUGUUAUUCGACUACUUUGGACUGUAAGUAAUAGUUUCACUGCUUCCAUCCAUGUUGUUAUUCGACUACUUUGGACUGUAAGUAAUAGUUUCACUGCUUCCAUCCAUGUUGUUAUUCGACUACUUUGGACUGUAAGUAAUAGUUUUGCCUUUCAGGAAUGGCGUCCCCAAACAAGUGUAUGUCAGGGUUAAUAACUUGGUGGUUAUAAUCAGUUAUAACACAGGUGGUCGAGGCUGCCAUUUUACCCAGUGCCUGAGAAGCAGAGUUUAAACCACAUGGUUUCAAAUCUGGUGAAAUGACACUUGCCUUUUAUAUAUGACUAGAACAAACCAAUACAUAUAUGACUAGAACAAACCAAUAUAUAGUCCGUUGCUUCUUCCUACUACUACAUGUAGGUUGUUUAUUUACACUAAAGGCUGUGGUUAAUAUAAACAUGUGCUUAUUUCUGUCAACCAUGAUUAUAGAAUUUAGUCUCCAGUAUUUUAAAUAAUUUAAAGGUUAUAUUUUCUAUUAUGAAAAUCAUUUAUUAUUUUUUGUCUUUUUAAUGAUUGUGACUGAAACUGUUGUUUAAUGAGAGCGUGAUGUUUUGAUGAGACAAGCAGGACAUCUCUUGGUACUUCUGUUACUGAAGGAUGAAUUGUUAUUUGGGUCUUUAUGGGAGGGAGGGUGACAUUGUCUCACGUCAGAUGGGGUCACUCCUCCGCGAUGCUUGUACCUCAACCGGUCUUGUAGGACGUGGAACUCAUAUUCAAAUUGCAAUAUUGAGCAUCCGCCAUUCAACAAAUUAAAACAUAGUCCCUUAUUAUAAUUUUAUUUUUUUACAUCACAGUGCUCUCGUAUGAUUCUCCGUGAAAUAGGCAGAUUAACUAGCUAGCUAAAUUAUUAAAAACGUUGUGACAGUGAUUUAAUAGUUUGCAAUUGUGAGAAAAUAAAAGCAAACCUUCGGCUCAAAUUCUGUGGCAGGACCGUUGGUCGCCAGGCAGUGACUUGAUCAGCUAUGUUGCUAUCUGUUGUAGCUCGCUAGCUUACUGACAUAGUUAGCUAGCUAGUCAGCUAGCUCUUCCGUCACUGACAUAUACAAGCUUGCUUAGCCUGUUUAAAUGACCCUGGAGUUGUAGACAUGCAGCCCCACAAUGAAUAGGAAGUAGCUGUUAACAGAAAUCAGUCCACAGAUCAGCAUGUUUCUCCGGAUCGUAUUGUUGGGUCAGCUGACUCGAGAGGCUCCUGCUUCAUGAAAACUCAUAAUAAUGGAAGCAUUAGCACUACUAGCUACCGUAGCUUGCUAGCUAGCUUUUUUUGGAAGAUUCACCAUUGUGUGUGCAGCACUAAGAAGGUAGCUGGUUGGUUAGCAGUGUCGUUUCAGUCCAGAUGAUUUCAGGGACUGGCUCAGCUGUUGGACAAAUGUAUGCUUUCGUGCCCAUUGUCAAACUUCAGAAAUGCUGCUCAUUGAAGCACAAUAAUCAUUAGCUAGCUGUAAAAAUGGGGCGACUAAGACUUCCUCACCAAAAAACAUCAACAUUAUUGACAUACUGUAUUUGUGGUUUUACCAUAGCUGAAUUCAGACAGUUCUGAGGCAGGAAUGAGGUUCAGCGGAUGAUGUCUCUUAGGUAAUACAUGUUCUAACGUCGUGACAGCCCGUUGUAGCCGGGCUUCUUUUGAUCUAUCCCAUGAUCCUUUGCGAGAUACAAGACGGAUCAGUGCAGGCGGAAUCCACGUGCUAUCUGAUGGAAGACAAUGGGAGGCUGGGGUAUUUACUGUGUGUAAUUCUAAUAGUCAGGAUGAGAGGGUCAGUACUAUAAGCAGACACAGGCUGUUUCUCAGCUCUGUGUGUGCGUCUGAAUUGGCACCCUAUUCCUUAUAUAGUGCACUACUUUUGACAUGUUCCAAAUGGCACCCUAGUCCCUAUAUAGUGCACUACUUUUGACCAGGGCCCUAUGGCACCCUAGUCCCUAUAUAGUGCACUACUUUAGACUGGGACCUAUAGGGAAUAGGGUACCAUUAGGGAUGCCGACCCUGUCUGUUUUUUCUGGCCAGCUGCCGGCAGCCACACCAGAACUACUGGUAUGUUCCCCUUGACCAUUACUGUACUUAUGACAUGUUUCUGUUUAUUUGGAGAGAGAGAAAAAGAGAAACAAUCUGGAAAUGAUUUUUUUGUUGUAACUGGAUUUACAAGAUGCUUUAAUAAAUGAUUGUAUUUAUAACCUG